AUGUCACAAGUCCCAUCCGAUGGCCCUUCCUUCGAGUUCAUCACUUUUAUCCAACAGUACAGGUUCACAAUCAUGGUCAAGGCUAUCAUUUCUCCAUCGGUCCUGGCGAGCGACUUUGGAUCCCUGACAGCAGAAUGUAAAAAAGUCAUCAAGCAUGGCGCAGAAUGGCUCCAUAUGGAUGUUAUGGAUGGACACUUUGUGCCCAACAUCACGAUCGGUGCGCCGGUGCUAGCAUCCGUGGCGAAGACGGUCGAGGGCGCCUACAUGGACUGCCACAUGAUGGUUGCCGACCCGAUGCGAUGGAUUGACGAUGUGGCCGAGGCCGGCGGGGCUUCUUACACAUUCCAUCUCGAGGCCUGCUUCCAGAGGCCGGACUCGGCCGACCAUGAGCCGCUGGCGAUUAUCGAUCGGAUUCACGCCCGUGGAAUGCGCGCUGGCGUGGCUAUCUCUCCCGACACCCCAUCCGAUAAAAUCACCGACUCUAUCGCCGCCAAGGCCGACCUCCUUCUCGUCAUGACCGUUCAUCCCGGUAGAGGUGGCCAGAAAUUCAUCGACGCCUGUGUUAUCAAGGUCGCUGAGCUCAGAGCACGAUUUCCUCAAAAGGAUAUCCAAGUUGAUGGUGGGGUCGGACCGAAAACUGUCAAACCCUGUGCUGAAGCCGGAUCUAAUGUUGUCGUGGCCGGAACAGCUGUCUUCGGUGCUCCCCAGCCAGGAGUGGUUAUUCAGGAACUCAAGAAUGUGGUCGAGACUGAACUAAAGAAGGCAGGAACGCUGACCUAA